AUGAAUUCUGACUCCAGCUCUGUCUCCAGCAGAGCUUCCUCGCCAGACAUGGAUGAGAUGUACCUGAGAGACCAUCAUCACCACCACCACCAUCACCACCACCAAGACAGCCGGCUCAACUCUGUCUCGUCCACCCAGAACGAUCUGGUGCAGAAGAUGUCUGGAGAAGGCCUCACCAGGAACGGUUCCAAGGCCGGAGGGGAAGGCAGCAAGUACAAAAUCAAGAAGCAGCUUUCGGAGCAGGACCUGCAGCAGCUGCGGCUGAAGAUCAACGGCCGGGAGCGUAAGAGGAUGCACGACCUCAACCUCGCCAUGGACGGACUGCGGGAGGUGAUGCCCUACGCUCAUGGACCUUCUGUGAGAAAACUCUCCAAAAUCGCCACCCUCCUGCUAGCCAGAAACUAUAUCCUGAUGCUCACCAGCUCCCUGGAGGAGAUGAAGAGGCUAGUUGGGGAAAUCUACGGGGGACACCACUCGGCCUUUCACUGCGGCACGGUGGGACACUCUGCCGGGCACCCGCCCCACGCCGCCGGCACUGUGCACCAGGUGCAUCCCAUCCUCGGCAGUGCCUUGUCCUCCGCCAACACCUCCUCCUCCCUCUCCGCCUCCCUGCCGGCCAUCGGCACCAUCCGGCCCCCACACUCCCUGCUCAAGACCCCCUCGACACCCCCCGCCCUGCAGCUCGGCAGCGGCUUCCAGCACUGGGCGGGCUUGCCGUGCCCUUGCACCAUCUGCCAGAUGCCUCCCCCGCCCCACCUCUCGGCCCUCACCGCCUCCAACAUGGCCAGGAUCUCGGGGGAGACCAAGGACCUCCUGAAGUGA